AGGAAAUCUUCGAAGAAUCUCGCACUCAUGUUUAUAGCACCUUUUAGGCAGCUAUUAUUCUGAUUAUGAACAUAAGAUUCUGGUUUUUGGUUUUUUUAAAUUCAUUUUUUAUCUAACCUCUACGAAGUUCCUUCGUGCGUGGGAGGAUAGAAUGAGAAUGAAAAAGCCAAUUGAAAGGAUCAAUUUGCAAACUUUUGUGAUGCAACUUCUCAAAAGCCCUCAACUUCCUUUCUAGAUUUCGUUUAAGCCAUGAAAUGUAUAAAGAUCUACAAACUUUUCGAGUUGCAACACCAUGGAAUGAAUGAAUUUAUAAAGCUUUUUUGUUUUUAUAAUGUAAAGUAUUGGAAUCCAAAGAAGAUUAUGUUUAUUUAAUAAAAAAGGAUAACUCCAAGAAAAAUUACUCCAAUUGGAACAAUUAGGAAAACACGAUUAUACAUUUUGCUAGUGAUCAUAAGAUAUUAUAUAAAAUUUAUUUUUCAAUUUCGUUUCUUUUAUUAUGAUAUCACAAUGAAAAAUUUCGCUGCAAUAAGAAUGGCAAGAGAACCGGACGAGGAGCUCAGGAAGGCUUUCUCGCAGUUGCACGAGAAAAUGAUCGACACCACACAGAAGUUGAAACUCGCGGAUCUGCAAAUUGAAAAGCUAAAACGAUCGAAGCAGUUCGCUGAGCUGACGACAAAGGAGAUAACCUCUUAUCCAAAGAACACGAAGACGUAUGAGUCGGUGGGCCGUAUGUUCCUCCUGGACGAUAUGGACAACAUAAAAGCUGGCCUAGAUAAACGUAUAAAGAACGCCGACGAGAAGGUAAAAACAUUAGAGAACAACAAGACGUACUUGCAGCAGAACUUGAAGGAAUGCGAGAACAAUAUCAGAGAAAUGAUUCAGCAAAGACAGAAUAAAGACACGUCCGGCUAGGUCUGUCAUUUCCCUGUUGAAAUUGUCGUCUUCUUUCUUCGUCGUUUUUUCAUUGCAAUUCAUCGCCGCGUUCUUGAACUCACGCUACGCUUAAUCCUCAAUUUCACAUACCAAUUAUGAGUGAAACGCGAUUUCACACAACUUGAAAUAUAUGUAAUGCGUACCGUUUUAUUGUAUUUAGACGAUCUCCACCAUAGCAUUUUGUAAUGAUUGUCUGCGUGUUGAUCAAUAAAACUUUUUAUUACAAACUCUCGGCGCAAUUGGAAUUGAAUAUGCAACUAGCAAUCGGGUUUCUAGUUAUUAAUUUAUUCCAGCAGAAUUGAUACAUACAACAAACGAUUUUUCUUACUUCUUUAAAUUCACCUUGUACUCAUUCAUUCCUCUCAUUCUUUUCGACACUUUCAUCCAGAAAAUUCCUUAGCUAAACCCUAAAUUACCCUAAAAAACAAACAAAAAAAAAAAAAGAAAAAAUACCUUGCACGCCAACACGCAGCAAUUUAGUAAAUCGUUUACCCGGAAAGUAAAAUUCUCUAACGUGUCUGAAACCUGGGAUAGAAAAAAUUGAACAAGUAUGCUUACUCGGUGUGUUUCUUGCGUUUUACAAUUAUAUUUGUAAUCGGCUUUUUUCUUCUUUUUCUUUCUUUUUUUUUGUUUAACUAAUAUAAUGCAUGGGGUGACGUGCCUUCCAACCUUAUAUUGAAAGUGCUACAAUAUGUAUGUAUAUAUGUGUAUAUGUACUUUAGCAUAUGGUGCGGUAGAAAGUAACUCGACAAGUAUAUACAAAGUAUAUUUAUCAAACA